CCCCGCCGGCUCUUCAGUCCCGACGCCAUCCCGAGAGGCUCGUUCCAGUCAUGGCGGGUCUCAACCCGUGGGACCCGGCCGCCGCGCCAAACGCAGCGGGCCUACUGAUGAACCACUUGGUGGCUUCAGGGGUGGUCACUGAGGAGAUGUUAGCAGCGUCCAAGAAAACAGCUCCUUGCUUUGAGAACUUCUCCAGAUUACAGCAGAUCAAUAAUAUUCAAGCUGAAAUCUACCAGAAAAGCCUGGAAAUUGAGCUUCUGGAACUAGAAAAAGAUUCAGCAGAUGUCAUUCAUCCUUCCUAUUUGACUCAAAAGUGUCAAACUGUGCAAAGCAUGAAUAACCAUCUAGAAGCGGUGCUAAAAGAGAAGAGGUCCCUCAGGCAAAGACUGUUGAAGCCCAUGUGCCAGGAAAACUUACCUCUAGAAGCUGUUUAUCACAGACAUAUGAUAUGUUUGCUGGAAUUGGCUGUGACUUUUAUUGAGAAACUGGAAACCCAUCUUGAAGUAAUUAGAAAUAUUCCCCAUUUAGAUGCAAAUCUGAAGAAAAUGAGCCAGGCUUUAGCCAAGAUGGAUAUUUUGGUGACUGAGACAGAAGAACUGGCAGAAAAUAUACUCAAGUGGCGAGAAAAACAGAAGGAAGUUUCCUCGUGUAUCCCCAAAGUAUUAGCUGAAGAAAAUAGUUUUCAUAACCAUGGCUUUAUAGUAUCUUGUACUUCUAAAGUUCAUGCCCAAACUAUUAAUGCUAAGUGAUUAUGUACUUUAUUUUUGCUGAAUUGUAUAUAGUCAUAUAAGGUCUAUUUCUAGUUGACUGUGAUGGAUUUAUAGACUUUGCUGAUGGCAAUAUUGGAAUAACAAGAUUUAGGUUCAUUAGCACCAAACUGUCUUUCUUUUGUUUUUUCCAUGUUUUUAUUCCGCUCUUCAGAAAUGGAGAUCUGACUUAGCUGUGAUAAUUAAAAACCAUUUCUCAG